GGUUUCUUGCUUUCUCUAUAUAUCUCUCGCCGUUGUUGACCAAAUGACCAUUCCUCUAUACUAUUAUUUAUACAGACAAAGCCACAGAACAAGCAAACAAACAAACAGGUCUGUGUUUGGUGCUUUCCAGGAAAGAAAGGUUGGGUUCUUUGUUUAUUUUGAAUCUCUUAUUUCUACUUGGUUUAAUACGGAGUUGUUAAUUUUAUUAUUAGGCAUCGUGAUGAUCAAACAAUUGUUGGGUUUCAUUCAGAUGUAUCAACAAACAAGUAUUGGGCUUUCUUGUAAUUUAUGUUGUAGUACUUCUUUGACCACGAGUGGUUUCUUGGAUUCUUCCUUUGGACUAAAUCAAUCCUUUUUGAUCUAAUCUGAACAGGGUUUUACCUUUUUUUUUUUUUUUUUUUUUUUGUUUGUUCAAGUUUUCCAUAGCAUUCAAUUCUUUGAUUGUCAUUUGAUUUGCAUUUGUCAUUGACAUUUCUGGUUAAUCUUCCUUGGGUUUUGGAUGGUUUUGGUCUGAAUACCCAUCCAUAGCUGUGAGUUUUGGGGUUUGCUGGUUUUUCCCUUUCCUGUGUGUUGCAAUUUGUUCUUCUUGAGAAGGUUGAGGCCAUGAAAGGAAAAGUUGGGACACCAGGAAGUCACUUUCUGUUGAACACAGGAGCCAAAAUCCCAUCCAUAGGACUUGGGACAUGGCAGAGCGGCGGUGACCUCUGCGUUCAAGCCGUAAAAACGGCGUUGUCGGUUGGCUACCGGCAUAUAGAUUGUGCCCAUCUCUAUGGGAAUGAGAUUGAAGUUGGGGAAGCACUGGCUGAAGCUUUUAGAGGUUCUUUGAAGAGGGAGGAUGUUUUCUUGACUUCUAAGCUCUAUUGUACUAUGAAUUCGAUCAAUAAAAUUGAAAACUCUGUCAGGGUCUCUCUUAAGAACCUUGGAGUAUCAUUCUUGGAUCUCUAUUUGAUGCAUUGGCCUGAGAGCUCGGCAUUCGGUGAUGCCACUGAUCCCCCUUCAAAGUCAGGAAAUGAGUACAGGCAAUUUUUGAAUCGGCUAAAGACAACUUGGAAAGCAAUGGAAGGUCUGGUUGGAUUGGGUAUUGUUCGAGCUAUUGGAGUAAGCAAUUUUAGCAUACAGCAGAUCAAAGAGUUGCUUAAAUUUGCAAAAGUUGUACCUGCAGUCAAUCAGGUAGAGCUGCAUCCUUUUUGGAGACAAGAUGAACUUGUAAAGUUCUGUCAAUCAAAAGGUAUCCAUGUGUCUGCACACACACCAUUGGGAGUACCAACUUCCAGUCCUGGACCAUCUGACAGUGGAUCUGGUGGGGAAGAUGAACCUGGAACUCCUCGCAUAUCAUUCAGUAGGUCAAGAUCAGUACAUGGACCAAUGUUGAAAUUGUCAGUAGUUGCAGAAAUAGCAGACAGACAUAAAAAGACUCCGGAACAGGUUAUUCUGCGGUGGGGUCUGCAAAGAGGAACCAGUGUCUUGCCUUGUAGCGUGAAGCCUGAUCGGAUAAGGAAAAACAUAGACAUUUUCAGUUGGUGUUUGUCGGACGAUGAGUGGAACCGCUUGAACCAGAUAGAACCACAGGUAUGUCUGUUUGGAAAUGACCUUCUGAGUAAUCUCUCAGACAGUAGGAUUAUGCCCGGAAGUGGUGGUCCUCUUCAAGCUGUGUAUGAGAUGGAAGAUGAUGUGGAAUCCAAUUCUUGAUUUUUAUGUUUUAUGUAAGAUACAGUGCCAUUCCAGUUUGAAAAUGUCUUGAAGUUAAAAAUUUCAUAUACUUGUAGAUCUUCUCUUUUGUGGGUGUUGAAUUGAAGUCACGAGGACACAUCAUUAUUAAUUGGUUGAAUUGGUGAAUAUUCUCCUUUAGCAAGGAUUUUUUCA